AUGGAUACUUUACAACACACACUUUCAUCCGCCGAACAAAUCUAUCGUAAGUUAGAUGGUAGACUACAAGAAUGGAGUCAAUUUUUAACUCGAGCUAAGAAAUAUACACAAGAGUUUUGGCAGUAUGUCCAUCAACUUAAGACAAGCAUUAAAAUGUAUCUUGAUACCGUUGAAAACUUAAAACAAGCCGUUAAUCAGGCUGAAAUUGACGCCAAUAGAAAAAAAUUACAGGAAAUCAAGGAUGUAGAAGUACCUAGAUUUAAGAGCGAUAUUGAAUCUUUAAAUAAAGUUAUGAAGGAAAUCCACCAAAUAACAACGGAAGACGAAAUUCAAAGGACUCAAUUCAAUGUUGACGAGAUUAUUGCUUUAUUAGCUGACUUAGAACAACGACUACAACAAGGUCUUGAAUAUUUAGAAGAGCUUGAAAAAGCGAUUAAAAAUUUUGUAAACAUACAUGGUAUUAUCGAAAAUAUUGUGGAGGAAUUUGAACGCAAGAUUAUCAGUACUAACUUUGUGAAAUCAUCUACAAUUGAGUCUCUUCAUCGUGAGAUCGACUAUUACAAGAAUCUAGUAAAGAAAAUUAAUAAACGACAACAUGAUAAAGAAAAAUUCGAAUCUUCAGCAAAAAAUUUAUGCCGCCGACACUUUGUGGCUUAUGAGAAGUUGCAAGGAAGCGAAAUCGUUAAAGAGAUUGCUUGUAGGUGGGAUGCAUUAACUGAAAGGUCAACAAUGCACUUGAAUACACUAGAGACUAUUUUGAAGGAAUUGCUUCAUGCAGAAGAAUUAAUUAGUAAAACUAAUGAGUGGAUAAAUCAGUACGAUAAAAGCAUAAGUGAGUUAAAAUUUGAUGCGUCUGAAAAAGAUAAGGUUCAAAAACAAGUUUCUCAAUUGCAAGAUAUACAUAAACAAAUUAACGCCAAAGAGAGCGAUAUUAAUGAAGUAAUUAGUCUUGCAGAGAAAAUCAGUGAAAUUUGCCCAAAUCAUGAGCUACUAGAAAAUAUCAAUUUCGAAGUCGACGAGAUAAGUCGCCGAUGGCAUAAUCUGCUGGAAAAGGCAGCCUAUCGACAGUCACAAUUAUUAGACUGUUUCUUAACUAGUCAAGAAUUAGAAAAUACCGUUAAGGAAUUCACUCAGUGGUUAAGUCAAGUUGAAAAAUACUUCGGUACUAAGCAUCCAAUCGCUGCAUUACCAUCAACAGCUGAAUUUCAUUUAGAUGAAUUUAAAGUAUUUGUUGAGGAAGAAAUUCCGUCUAGAAAAGAGCAAUUAGAAACAAUUAAGAAAGUUAGUCGUGAUUUUGUGUCACGAAGUGAAGCGACUACAGCCCACUUGAUUAAUGAUUUAGUUAGCGAACUAAAGGCAUCAUGGAACAUAAUCUCGAAUAAAAUAACUGCCCGCCAAAAACAAUUGAGUGAUGAACUUGAUGAAGCUCGUAAAUUCCAAGACCGUUUGCAAGAGUUUGAGAGUUGGUUGGAAACAGCUGAAAGCAAAAUGGAUUCGUGGGAUUACGUUAGUACUAAUAAUGAUGUCUUAAAGAAUCAAUUAGAGGACCAAAAGGCCUUUAACAUGAAACUAGAUGAGAAACAUGAGGAUUUAAAUCAAAUCUCAUCCACUACUCAAGUACUAAUGCAGAAAUGCAAUGAAAGUGAUGCCAAACAAAUCAAAUCCUCUCUGCGUAGCAUUAAUCAACGCUGGAAUAAAUUGUUAAGCUGCUGUAUAGAUAGAGAAUACCAAAUUAAUCAAAACCUUGAAAGUGCAGGUAGUUUCUACAGUGAUUGUGCUGAUAUGCUGAAUUGGUUGAAAGAAGCAAAUUUCUCAAUGCAAGAAGUCAAUAAUGUUGGUAUAGACCCGCAAAUUAUUCAAGAACAAAUUAGUAAACAUCAGGAAUUUCAAAAUGAACUAGGAUACCGUCGUCCAACUGUUGCCGCCAUCAUCAGUAAAGGGAAAUUAUUACGUCAUUCUAGUCAGCCUAAGGAUAUCGCUCUAAUUAGCGAAUAUUUGGCUGAUCUUAAGUUGCAGUGGAAACGAGUAUGCAAUAAAGCUGCAUUAUGGCAGGAGGAGUUAGAAGAAUGUUUGCUGGCAUCUGGAAAAUUAACGGCGACUUUAUCGGCGUUACUGGAAUGGUUAGCAAAAAUACAGCCUGAGCUCAGUAGCGACGUACCAUACUAUGGCGAUAUCGAUACAGUUAAAGAAUUAUUGGAUAAUCACAAGGUUUUGCAACGCGAAUUAGGGAGUAGAACUAAGAUUAAAAGCAAAAUUAAUAUGUCAGCGAAAUAUCUAGCAACUGAUACUGAAGAUAAAAGUGCCGUUACGGAGAAUCUAAAGGAACUCAAUCAGACUUGGGAUACGAUAUGUACAUUAUCCGUGGAAAGACAAGAGAAAUUGCAAGAUGCUUUAUCUUUGGCACAAAAAUUUCAUAUUCAAGUUAGGGAUAUCGUAAGAAAUCUUGGCAGUGCUGACAAAAGGUUAAAGGAGAGCCUGGCAGCGGUAGAUGAAAAUCAUCAAUUUAAUAGAUUGAGCGCCAAAUUAAAGGGGUUCGAGCAAGAAUUAGGACGAUUACGUCAAAAUUUCGAUGCUGUUAUGAAAUUAGGAAAUAUCAUAUUGGAAAAUUGCCAUCACAACGCUGUAGGCUCCGUCAGACAUUGGAUGAAUAUAGUUAGAAAAUCUUGGAAUGAUGCCAAUGAAAAGCUCAAUAGAUACAAUAUAAAGUUGGAUGAAUUGUCCAAUGAAGUGCAAAACGAUGAAAAGUUAUUAAUGGAUAUUGAAAAUUGGAUUGCUGAAUCUACUGUCAAGAUGGAAGAGCCUAUCAAAGAAGCUGACUGCGAUGUUGAAAAAUUAAUUGAACAACACAAGGCUUUCGAACGUACUAUGGCAAAUAAAUACGGUGUCAUUAGAAAUACAACUGCAUCAUUAAAUAAGAUUCGACGUGGUGCUAGCUUUAUACCAAUUACGGCAAAAAAAAUUAAUCAUGACUCAAAUAACGUGGCUUCUACUCGUCUUAAGAAUGUCAACAGCGGAUGGAAUAAUUUAGAAAAAUUAGUAGAAAAGAAGGGAAUAAAACUGCAAAAGAUGCUAUAUGAUCAGGCUUUGCAAAAGAUGAAACAAACUUUUGACUGGGAUGUAUGGAGAAAAGGGGUUAUGAGACACUUUAAUGAUAAAGUAGCAAAAGUAAACGAAUUCCUGCGACCCAUUAGCAAUAACAACAAAAUUUACAGGAAUAAUUUUGUUAGAGCUUUUAUAGACAAUGGUUGUAGCACAUCAGAGACGGAGAUGGAAUGUGUUGCCAAUCGAUUCGAUAAGAAUGGAUUUAUAGACACUAAGGAAUUUCUUGGUUCCCUUAGGCCGUCAGCGUUCAAGCAGCCCAAAACUGACGCAGAAAAAAUCGAUACUGAGAUAUUACGACUGGUAGCUGAUUGUAAAUGUAUGAAACCGUUUCGUGUCUCUCGCGCUGGAGAAGGAAAAUAUAGGUUUGGUGAAUCACAAAAACUCAGGCUUGUCAGAAUUUUGCGAAACUCUGUCAUGGUCCGUGUUGGAGGUGGUUGGGAAGAAUUAUCAGUCUUUCUAUCUAAAAACGAUCCGUGCAGAAGUGCUGCGGCGAAGAAAGAAUUAAAAGAGAAGUUUAUAUUAGCAGACGGUGUACACCAGUCGAUGCAAGGGUUUAAGACCUCAAUGAAGUCGCCUCGAGAAGCGACAUCCAAAUUUAGGAGAUAUAUUUAUACACCAGUAGGUAGCGAUGACGACAUGUCUGAUGCAGGUUCUGAAUUUAGCACUCUGACGCAAAGAGCAGAGAGUCAAUCUAAUUUAUCCGAUGACGUAAAAUCUACUAUUAGUUGUGGAAGUCAACAAUCGUUAAAUAAUUCGUUGCAUUCAGCAACUAAUUCUCCUGCUAGCAAACUUACAGAUACCUCUAAAGCAUCCAAGAUUCCGUAUCGCAAUAAGAGAACAAUGAUACCUAAGCCUAACAGUUCUAAUCACUGA